AUUCGCCGUUCCCUCAAAGUCCUCCUCAGCAACAUGCGUGGGAUCUUCCUUGCUCUGAGUGUGGCGUCCUUCGCCUCCGCUACGGUCUUCCAGGACUGCGGCUCGGUCGGCUCCGACGUGGUCCUCAGCGUGGAGAACUGCGAACUGCCUCCAUGUCUGCUGGAACGCGGCUCCACCUACAGCGUCAACAUCCAGUUUACGUCCAGCCAGACCUCGGACGUGCUGACCAUCGCCGCCUCAGCCAACCUGGCCGGCGUGAACGUCCCUUGGCCCGGAAUAGACACUGACGGAUGCAAGCAGCUGGAAGGAGGCUCCAACCCGUGCCCUUACAGCGGCGGCAGUCGCGUCGACUGGACCAUGCCGGUGGACGUCCUCAACGAGUACCCAGCGCUGUCGACCGUCGUGACGUUCAAGCUGAAGAACGCCGCCGGGGAGCCUGAGGCGUGCACGGUGGUUCCUGUGACCCUCGUGUAGCGUGGCUGCCUGAGCCGCCGCCGGGGCCUUCUGCAGGACAAGUCGACUCGGGGCCGAGCGCCUCCAGAGCACAAGAAC